GCUGCAGCACUUCGACCCCCUCUACAGCUUGCUCCACCACUUCCGAGCUGUGGAGACUGCUGUCAAGGAGGAUGCCCUGGAGCUGAUGAUGCAUGUGGUGUCCCAUCAUUCUAAUGAACUUCCUGCCAUCUUGGGUGAUUCUGGGCUGAGCCAUGCAGACCGCGCUGCUCACCUCAACGCUCUCAAGAUGAACUGCUAUUUGCUGACUGGACUGGUGGACGCCUUUGAAAUGGAAACCUGCAAGAGUCGCUUGUUGGAGGUGGAUCCUGGUGGGAAGAACAAGAAGAACCGUACCAAGAUCUCUGGAUCCUUUUGGGAAGAGGAGAGGGAGCCGCUCUUACAGCUGCUCACGCAGCUGCUGCAGCUGGAUCUCCGUCAGCUUUGGGGUGGUUUGGUGGUGGAAGAAGAGUUUGUCAGCUUAAUGACAGGAAGCUGCUACCGUAUCCUGGAGAAUUCAAGCAUCUGUCUUCAGAAGUACCGCGCCACACGGGAGGCUGUGAUGCAUCUGCUUGCUGCAGCUCUGAAUCACUAUGAUCAUAUGUUCAGUGCCACUCUGAAGAUCACGCAGAUGCUGCAGCACUUUGAACAUGUAGCCCCAGUGUUUGCACAGGCUGUGAGCCUCUGGGCUACAGAGUACGGUCUGAAAAGCCUGGUGGGUGAAUUGCUAAGGGAAAUCGGACAGAAAUGUCUGCAGGAUCUGGCUCGCGAUGCUUCUGGAAUCAAGGGUUAUGCUACCUUUAUAACUGAACUGGCUGAACAGAUUCCAGCUCUGGUGCUAUCCAACAUGAGCGUUCUCCUGCGUCACUUGGAUGGGGAGAGUUAUAUGAUGCGAAAUGCCAUUCUGGCAGCUAUGGCAGAAGUGCUAGUGCAGGUGCUGAAUGGUGACCAGCUGGAGGAAGCUGCCCGUGGUACUCGGGACCAGUUCCUGAAUAUGCUGCAGGCCCACAUCUGUGACAUCAAUGGCUUUGUGCGCAGCCGUGUGCUGCAGCUUUUCACUCGAAUCGUUCAGUGCAAGGCCCUGCCUUUGACUCAGUUCCAGUCUGUGGUAUCGCUGGCUGUUGGGCGUCUCAAAGACAAAUCUGUGGUAGUAGUUAAAAAUGCAAUCCAGCUCCUGGCUGCAUUUUUGUCCAACAAUCCCUUCUCCUGCAAGUUAAGCUGUACUGACUUGGCCGAGCCGCUGAAGAAAGAGGUGCAGAAGCUACAAGAAAUGAGGGACCAUGGCAGAUCUACAGCAGCUCCAGAGAUCACCCCAGAGGAAGAGUGGGAAGCGAUGCUGCCAGAAGUUCGGGCUGCCACACAGCAGCUCUUUCAAUCACUGCAGGAAGGGGAAGAGGAGGUGCUGGAAGUUGAGGAAACAGUGGAGAGUACAUCGGAGCAAAUCACUGGGCUGCUGAGGAAGCUGAAUUACAAGAGUGCAGCCCGCCUUACGCAGAAGGCCCUGUGUCGCUUCCAGGGGAAGGAGCCCUUCAGUGGCCCCACAGAGGAAAACGAGGAGGCAACAAUCCUGGGCAUUCUGAAGAGACUUUACACAGGUUCAUGCCCAGGUGAGAACAGUGAGGAUCCUCCACGUGGCAACAGUCGUCCUGAGACUGAAGAAGUUGUACCAGAAGAGCAGCCUCAAACAGAGCUGGUCAAACAGGAGAUGUUGGUGCAAUACCUGCAAGAUGCUUACAACUUCUCAGUGAAAAUCACAGAAGCCUUGAGCUUGAUCAGCAAGAUGAUGUAUGAAAACUGUGUCUCAGUGGUGCAGGAAGCCAUUGAGUUCUUUGUGACAGUCUCGCAGUUUGGUGUGCCCCAGGCAGUGCUUGGAGUCCGCAGGAUGCUCCCCCUCAUAUGGUCAAAAGAGCCUGGUAUUAAGGAGGCUGUACUGAACGCCUACAGGCGGCUCUAUCUGAGCCCCAGCGGGGAAUCGGAGAGGGCCAGGGCACAGGGCCUGGUGAAUUCUCUCUCUCUCAUCAUGGUGGAUGCAUCGCUAGGAAUGAUACAGUGCUUAGAAGAAAUAAUCUCGGAGUUUGUGCAGAAAGAUGAAAUAAAGCCUGCUGUGAUCCAGCUGCUUUGGGAGCGAUUCACAGAAAAAUCUCAGUGCUCGUCACUAGAACGACGUGCUGCCGUGAUGCUGCUGGGGAUGAUGGCACGGUGAGCCCAGGGCCCAGUCUAGUCCUGGGAGUGGGAGGAUGUACAGGGAGUUGAUUUUUA